AUGGUUCACAUAGAGCGUAAUUUCGCGGGCGAUCCUCAUGCAUCUCACGGCUACUGGGGACCGCCGACGUCGGUGGCCAAUUUCUGUGAAGAAGACUACGGCGUCACCUACUGGGUCGCCGAGGUGGUCAACAGCUUCACCAACCUAGCAUACGUGUACUGGGCAUUCAAGACGCUUUCGCCAGGGGAACGGCUGUGGUCGAGCACGGCGUUUCCCAACGUCGCGCUCUUCUUCGUGGGCGUGACCUCGUUCGCGUACCACUUGACGCUGAAAUAUAGCACGCAGAUCUGUGACGACCUCUCGAUGUUCUGGGUGUGCGCGGCCAUCAUCUAUGAACUGUACACGAUCGACCAGUCGCCCACGGCCCGGCUGCUGUUUGGAUCGACCUUGACCGUGGUACUGAGCGUCAUCAGCGCGGCGCACUACAAGAUGUACCAGCUGUGGCUUCACAACACGACCUUCAUUCUGCUGGUGACGGCCAUCUGGCCGCGCGUGCUCUUUCUCAUCCACCGUCGCUUCCAAGGCCCGGAGAAGCAGUACUGGCUCGGGCGGUUUCGCGUGGGCGGCCUAUGUUUCCUGGCCGGCUUCGUGGUCUGGCUGAUCGACGGAGCUGCCUGUGGCUGGCUGCGAGAUGCCAGGAACAGUAUUGGCCUGCCUUGGGCGUUUGCCCUGGAGCUGCACGGCUGGUGGCACAUUCUGACCGCGUUGGGAGCCGGGUAUUGUAUCCGUGUCACCAAGCAGUUGACCCGCGGAUCCGGGUCGGCUUGA